UGCAGGGCACUCCGCCGGCGAAGGAUAACAGUUAAUUACACAAGUCUCCAUACUCUUAUAUUUAAGGUGUGAACAUCCGAAUUCAGCGUAAUUGUCGUCAAGCUUGUCACCAUUAAUCAACAAUUUAGCAAAAUGGAUAAGGUUGUUCUCAACGUUUCGGGAAAGAAGUUUGUGACGUUUUGGAAAACUCUGAAAAAGUUCCCAGAUACCAGACUCGGAAGGCUGUCCAAGACGUCAAAACAUUACGACUCUGCAUGUGACGAGUUCUUCUUCGACAGAAAUCCGAAGGUGAUGACUGUUGUGCUGGACAUGUAUCGGGAAGGGGAGCUGCACUUCCCCGUCAAUGUCUGCAGCGCCUGUGUUAAACAAGAACUUCAGUUCUGGGACAUCCCCGAGGAUUUUAUUUCUGAGUGUUGCUGGAAGAGGUAUUCGAUUGGUAACGAAGAUAAGGCCAUCGUGGACAUUAUUGAGAGUUUUAUGAGUGUUGUCCCCGAGUUUACUGACAAGGACCACGAUACCUGGAGGAAGAGGAUCUCAAACACCCUGGAAUACCCUACAUAUUCCAGUGUUGCUAUGGCAUGGAACGCCGCGAAAAUGACGAUGGUAGUGGUCAUCACGCUGACUGUCAUGCUGGGGACGGUCCAGUCACUGCGGGUGGGGCUGCCGGAACUGACCAAGAACAACCAGACGAUCAAGAAACUGGACAUCAUUCUCACCACGGACACGGCUCUUUGGAUCAACUAUACGGAGAUAGUGUGUCUCGCCUUCUUCAGUCUCGACAUGAUUGCCCGAUUUCUAACUUCCCCUUCAAAGAAAACGUUUGUGCGCGACUGGUUGAAUAUUAUAGACUUCCUCCUGGACCUCAUCAUGUGGCUGGCGUUCCUGCUGGAGUACGGGGGCAACCUACUCGGCCACACUGAGGACCUUCGCCUGACAGACCAUGUGCUGAAAGCUCUGUUUGUCCUAAACGUGCUGAGACUGUUACAUUUCGUCAGGCAAUAUGCAAUGAUGAAAAUCCUUCUUCUUACAUUCAGGGCCAGCUUUGGGCAGUUACUGCUGCUGUGUGUUGGACUAACAAUAGCGGUUGUAAUUUUCGCAACAGUGAUAUAUUUUGUGGAGAUUGGUAUGGGCGUUGAUACGUUUGACAAUAUUCCUAUCGCUAUAUGGUGGGCAGUCGUUACCAUGACAACAGUCGGGUAUGGAGACUACCAUCCCCAUUCGCCCCCCGGCUACAUCGUUGGGAUUCUCUGUUCUCUGUCUGGCAUUCUUCUCUUGGCUAUGCCGGUGGCUAUCAUCGCCUCCAACUUUACAGCAUAUCACAUGAACUUGGCCGCCCGUAACCAGCGUAUAAGGCGUCACAAGAUACUGAGGAAGAGGGCUGGGACUAACAAGGGGUUUCUGCCCCCCGAUCACACACAGCUGGAGGACUUUGAUGAAAGUGACUUCAAAAUGAAAGGACCUGCUAUGCAAAAUGGAAUCUCGCACAAUCAGGUCCAUCCAAUCGGUGAAAAGCACACAAAAUUGUGAUGCAAAACAAACUUUCGUAAACGGGAUUACAUAAUCAAACAGCAUGCGUUGAAUAAUUAAGACUAAGUGUUCAUAGCUUAUGUGUCUGAACUUUUAACAAUUCCACAUAUGCUGACCAUCCCGAAUAAACUGACCUGACGUAUAAAUCAAACUAAUACAGGUGAUAGAACAGUCCUUUCAUCAUAUCCAUUCAUUAAUUGUCAUGGCAUGUACAACUGUCCUCGAUAUGAUACCCCCAGAAAGAACAUGAUAUAAGUUAGCUACAGAAUGGAGUAUCCAUGAUUCAGCGUCACAAUUCACAGCAAUACAUCAGCAACACCAACUUGUAUAUAGAAGAUGAGUGAGAUGACUCGUUACCACGAGUUACCUACCAUCCAACUCUCCUGCGACACAGAGUACGUGUACAACAUGAAGUAUGUAGCCAGGUGCAUCGAUGUCUCAUCUACCCAGUUAUUGAUAGUGCCCACAGCAAGUAGAUUCCAACAUCUGAACUUGUUUUAUUCAGUAACAUUCAACUGGAACCAUACGUUCACUUUAUUUAAUGAAUGGUUCGAUGAUGCAGAACGCUAUCUCACGAAGCUCAUUUGCCUUUACAACAGAAACAGCCUCUUGAGAUUCAGUAAGCAAUGACAAUGACUCAGCCUGUAAGUAGAUAGAUGGAACUCAAGGUCUCAUCUCCCACUGGGUACAGGAUGCACUCCGUAAUCAUUCCAUGUACUAAGCAUAAUGUCUUAUAAUUGUGUAUGAGAUAAGGACAAACAUCAAGUUAUAUUCAUUUUAGCAAAAACAUGUAUAUUUUUUCGAUAUAUUUUCAUAGUAAAUUAUGAACAUUUCAAAUUAUAGUAGACGCUGGUUAUGUACACCUGACUGGUAUAUUGCAAAGUGUGUGUAAUCACUUGUGAACGAUAAGGUAAUGCGUACGCACGUCCUGAGUGCUGUUGUCUCCAUUCAUUGACAUGGCCCUUGAGAUAUUACGAAAGUCCAAUGGUUACUUCUCGUUACUUCGAUUAAUUUCUCGUAGUUUUGAUUAUUUUCUCGUUUUUUCUAGUUUAUUUUAAAAACCUGAAAUUUCAUUUUUUCUCGUUAUUUUCUCGUAACUUCUAUUAUUUUCUUGGAAUGUAUAAUUGUUUUUCGUUACUUCGUCUCGACAGUUCGAUUUUUUCUCUUUACUUGGAGUAUUUCUUUCUAAUUUCGAGAAAAUAAAAAGGAUAGAAAUUUCGAGUUUUUUUAAUGAAUUUGAAAUAAUGUCAAAAUAGUCGAUAUAACGAGAAAAUAAUCGAAAUAACGAGAAUGAAAU